CCUGGGCACUGCUUGGGCUGUUUGGACAGCAGGCUGCUGGGCCUGCAGCUGGGAGCCCUGAGAAAGGAUGAAGCCUUCCUGGCUGCAAUGUCGCAAAGUAACAGGCGCAGGGACACUUGGGGCGCCCCUUCCAGGGUCCCCUUCAGCAAGAGGAGCCGGUGCGGCCCGAAGGGCUUUGGUGGCUGGUCUAGGGGGCCGGAGCUGCAGGGCUCUGACCAUCAGCACUGGUGGCGAGUACAAGACCCACUUCGCAGCUUCCGUGGCGGACCCAGAGAGGUUCUGGGGUAAAGCUGCGGAGCAGAUCAGUUGGUACAAGCCCUGGACCAAAACGCUAGAGAGCAGAUACCCUCCUUCCACUAGUUGGUUUGUGGAAGGGAUGCUUAAUAUCUGCUACAAUGCUGUUGACCGGCACAUUGAAAACGGCCACGGGGAUAAGAUUGCUAUCAUCUAUGACAGUCCGGUUACGAACACUAAAGCAACCAUUACCUAUAAGGAAGUCUUGGAGCAGGUCUCUAAGCUGGCUGGUGUCUUGGUCAAGCAAGGUGUCAAGAAAGGUGACACCGUGGUCAUCUAUAUGCCCAUGAUCCCGCAAGCAAUAUAUGCCAUGCUGGCAUGCGCACGGAUCGGAGCAAUCCACAGUCUCAUAUUUGGAGGAUUUGCAUCCAAAGAAUUAAGUACCCGCAUCGAUCAUGCAAAGCCUAAGGUGGUUGUAACAGCAUCAUUUGGCAUUGAACCUGGGAGGAAGGUAGAAUACAUUCCACUUCUAGAAGAAGCACUAAAGAUAGGACAACACAGACCCAACAAGGUCCUCGUUUACAAUCGUCCAAACAUGGAGAAAGUUCCUUUGAUGUCAGGUCGUGAUCUUGAUUGGGAAGAAGAAAUAGCCAAAUCCAGGUCACAUGACUGCGUGCCCGUUCUCUCCGAGCAUCCACUGUACAUUCUCUAUACAUCUGGAACAACUGGGAUGCCUAAGGGUGUAGUUAGACCCACUGGGGGAUAUGCUGUGAUGUUGAAUUGGACAAUGUCUUCCAUAUAUGGACUUAAACCUGGAGAGGUAUGGUGGGCAGCUUCUGACUUAGGCUGGGUUGUCGGACAUUCUUAUAUUUGCUAUGGGCCUCUUCUCCAUGGAAACCCAACAGUUUUAUAUGAGGGAAAGCCUGUGGGAACACCAGAUGCCGGUGCUUAUUUCCGUGUGCUUGCUGAGCAUGGAGUGGCUGCCUUGUUUACAGCACCAACGGCAAUUAGAGCAAUCCGUCAACAGGACCCUGGGGCAGCCUUGGGGAAGCAGUACUCUCUGACAAGGUUCAAGACACUGUUUGUGGCUGGGGAAAGAUGUGAUGUGGAGACCCUAGAAUGGUCCAAAAAGGUCUUCAGAGUCCCUGUUCUAGACCACUGGUGGCAAACAGAGACCGGAUCCCCCAUAACAGCAUCGUGUAUUGGAUUAGGUAACUCCAAAACACCUCCACCAGGGCAAGCAGGAAAAUGCGUUCCAGGAUACAAUGUUAUGAUCUUGGAUGACAACAUGCAAAAACUGAAGGCUCGAAGCUUAGGAAAUAUUGUGGUAAAGUUGCCAUUACCACCUGGGGCAUUUUCAGGACUCUGGAAGAAUCAGGAAGCAUUCAAGCAUUUAUACUUUGAGAAAUUUCCUGGAUACUAUGACACUAUGGAUGCUGGCUACAUGGAUGAGGAAGGCUACCUAUAUGUUAUGUCGCGAGUGGAUGACGUAAUAAAUGUUGCAGGCCACAGGAUUUCUGCAGGUGCUAUUGAAGAGUCAGUCCUUUCACAUGGCACUGUGGCCGACUGUGCUGUGGUUGGCAAGGAAGACCCCUUGAAAGGUCACGUCCCCUUAGCACUCUGCGUGUUGAAGAAAGAUAUAAGUGUAACCGAAGAACAAGUUUUGGAAGAAAUUGUGAAACACGUCAGGCAGAGCAUUGGCCCUGUGGCGGCUUUUCGAAAUGCGGUUUUUGUCAAACAGCUACCCAAAACCAGGUCUGGCAAGAUUCCAAGGUCUACACUCUCCGCCCUAGUCAAUGGCAAGCCAUAUAAGGUAACACCUACCAUCGAGGACCCCAGCAUUUUCGGUCACAUAGAAGAAGUUCUGAAGCACGCCCUGUGAUUUUUGUUUACUAUUUUCAUUCAGUUUGUCUUAACUUUCCAGCCAGAAUUAGUUGUUUAUUUUCUAUAAAGAAAUACUUGAAAGCAUUUUCCUUAUCAACUCAAAUGGGAACUGUUGCCUUAAAGCAGUCUAGCGGCCCUUGGACCAGGGUGUAUGUUAUGUUUUAUGU